AUGGCUGCAGAGGUGGUCGCGUGGUGCGACUACAUCGUGCCUGAUGUGUUCGCUGAUGUCCUCACGGUGAUUGGAGACCACACCGGCAUGAGCUGGGGUGUCAUGCCCGCUCACCAGUACUGGUUUCAGCCUCCCAAGCUGCACGUGGUGCUCUGUGCGGUGGCGCUGCUGUUCUGCAGGGUGCUGCACCGCCAGUCUCGCGGCUUCCGGUCAGCAGCCAUCGCGCGGCUCGGCACAACUGGAGUGAGCCGCCCACUGAAAUGCCCGAUCAACAGACUGAUUGCGUACACAUUGAUGGUGUGCUUGGCGGUGCAGGGCCUUACGAAGGCAUCGCGGCCGAAGCCCUUUGUGCAACUGGGGUGGCUUCUCAUGCCUUGCCACGUCUUCACUGGGAUUUGGAUCUACAUUUUCAUGCGUGAUAGGCCGUACCAAUACGGGAGUAGCUGCUACCUCGCCUCGCUGUUGGUGGACUGGGCCUGGUGCCCGCUCGGGGCACUGGUGCAGCCGGACUGGGACGAUCAUCGCUACCUCUGGGAGGGCUACGUCUUUUUCCUGCAUCAUGCUCUGCUGCUCCUGCUGCCGCUGUACUUCGUCGCUCGCUACGACACGCUCGGGCUUGACUGGGCGCACCUGUACCACCUCACUUGGGUCCCGACGCUCGUCAACUUCGCCUUUCUCGCCCCCUGUGGGCUUCUGCUUGGCCUGAACGUGAACUACCAACUCGCCCCGCCGCGUCUGAGCAGCAGCGCACCCGCCGUUCUGAAGACUGCGCUCUACCGCCCGGCACUUAUGCCGGUGCUUGUGGGGCUGUCUAUCGUUGCCAACAUCGCCGUCCGCAUGCUCGGCAAGGUCAUCGGCAAGGUCAUCGGCAAGCUCUUCACCUCGGCUCAGAAACCCACGAAGCUUGAGUAA